AGAGGCGCACCAACAGAAGCCAUUUCUAGGAGAGCUUAGAAACAUGGAGCCUGAAACAGACCCACAAAGGCAUGCCGGAGAGGACAAGAGACAGAGGGACACAGCUGGUCACUGGAGAGGAGAGGAAGUGAAAACUCUGCUCACAGUGUGGAGGGAAAGACUAGCCUGGGAGGAGGAAGAGAGCAGGGCCAAGUAUGAGGCCAUCUCAAGCCGCCUAAGAGAGCUUGGCGUGUGUAAAGACUGGCUUGAAUGCAAGGCCCAGAGUAGGAGCAUGGCUCUUCCAGACUGGAGGCCACCGCAGGGCAUCUACAAACGAUCUUCUGCCGAUAGCAGGGCACCAAACCAAAGGCCUUACGUGACAGAGGAAGAGCCCACAGCUGGCAGAAGAGAGGAGGCUACUGCAGUGCCAGGUCUUCAGGAAGGUCUGGAAGGAGGGAGGCACUGGUCUGACAAGGAGGUUCGAGCUCUCCUUACUGUUUGGGGAGACAAGGAGGUUCACAAACAGCUCCAACGCUCCCACAGAAACAAGGCCAUCUUUCAGGAGAUGGCACACCGGCUGGAACGCCAACAUGGCGUGGUGCGAGACUGGAGACAGUGUCGCACCAAAUACAAGAACAUGAAAUAUGAUUACAAAGUCAGCAAGAGUCAAGGCCGGCCAAUAAGGUUCUUUGCUGAGCUUGAUACAAUAAUGCAGGGAAAAGACUUUGAGGGUAGAUUUGAGGAUGACGAGUCACCUAGGAAUAUACCAAACAGGGAUCACCUGGCCAUGAGGCGUGAACCUAUGGAAGAGCAGGUUAUCAAGAUUGAUGAUGAUGAAAGUCUAGCAGAGAUGCAAACUAUGAUGAAUGCUGCCACUCAUCCAUUGAUCGCAAGAGAUUCAACGUCAACAUCAGCAUCUGCAAACGAGAUGAAUGUCAUCACAGUGCAUGACUCAGGGAGAAACUGGAGUGAGGAUGAAGUGGCUGCGCUGCUUCAAAUCUGGGCUGAAGAAGGGAUUCAACGACAGCUUCAGGGCUCAACCAGAAAUAAAGACAUAUUUGUGCAGAUUUCACGCAGGCUUCUUCAGCAGGGUGUGGAACGGGACUGGAAACAAUGCCGAACCAAGUACAAAAACCUGAAGUAUCUCUACCGCUCUCUGCAGCGAGGAAAAGCCGAUAUCGGCGAUCCUCGCCGUGUCAUGAGGUUUUACGAACAGCUGGAUUCACUUUUGUCCAAGCCUACAAGAAGCCGAAUGAGUUAUGCAGAGUUUUCUGAAACAAAUCGUUUACGAAGGAGCUCCAGGAUGUUUUCUCCAUCAUCAUUUGAGGAGCCCUCCAUGGGUGGACUUCCACAAGAAGACAAUGACAUUGAUGCAGUAAGAUAUGAUCAGCCAUCCAUGGAUGAGGUACCUUUAGGGUCUCCUGCCACUUCUGCAAGGGUCUUUCAGAACCAGGCUGAGACCCAAACAAUUUUAACAAGAUCAGAAGAAGUGUCAAAUGUUGAGUUUGGGAUACCCGUUAUGAAUUCCACAAUAAUGAGGCCAACUGGCAGCCCUCAGAUAGAAUAUGAGCAGCAUCUGUCCUCUGACUCCAUCUCUGCUGUUAUAUAUGAUGACAGUCAUAAGUACAGAAGGAUUCCAGACAAUAGUGACCCAUCAUACACAAGAGGAGAGCAUGAGCCGGCUAGAAAAGGAAGAAAGAGGAAAGCUGCAGAUGAAGGAGAUCGUUUGCUUUGUAAACAGUUUCAUCAGAGCACAGACGAUGGAGAGAGCAGCACAGAUUGGUCAGAGAAUAUAGACUUCCAAUGCAAAGAAGAAGACGAUCAAUACUUUCCGAUCAUGGAGAUCACCUCUGUGUGUUCAAUGGCAUCUAAUGCAAUCACGUCUGAACAGUCGGAAAAACAAAUCUCAACAAGAAUGUCGACUGCAACAGAACUGAAACUAGGUCAAAAGCUGAAUGAGGGGAAGACCAAGCAGAUCUUUGAGAUUGUGGAUGAGCCAGGCCAUGUCCUGGUCCAGUCUAAAGAUCAGAUCACAGCGGGCAAUGCGGUUCGGAAGGAUCAGAUGGAGGGCAAAGCUGUUAUUGCCAACAAGACCACCAGCUGUGUGUUCAAACUUUUACAAGAUGCUGGGCUUAAGACCGCAUUUGUCAGGCAGCAUUCUGACACUGCAUUUGUGGCAUCUCGAUGCGAAAUGAUACCCAUUGAAUGGGUCUGCAGACGCAUCGCCACGGGCUCCUUCCUCAAACGCAACCCUGGGGUCAAAGAAGGCUACCGCUUCACUCCUUUAAAAAUGGAGAUGUUCUUUAAGGAUGAUGCCAAUAAUGACCCUCAGUGGUCAGAAGAGCAGCUAUUGGCGGCUGGUUUUGAUCUGGCUGGACUGACUAUUGGUCGCUGUGAGGUGGAUAUCAUGAGCAAAAGCACGGUGGCCAUUUUUGAAGUCCUGGAGAAGGCUUGGGCCACCCAGGACUGCACGCUGGUGGAUAUGAAAAUAGAAUUUGGUGUAAAUGUGACCACUAAGGAAAUUGUGCUGGCUGAUGUGAUUGACAAUGAUUCAUGGAGGCUCUGGCCGGCUGGAGAUCGCAGCCAGCAGAAAGACAAACAGGUGUACCGGGACCUGAAAGAAGUCACUCCUGAGGCCAUGCAGAUGGUGAAGAGGAACUUUGAGUGGGUCGCAGAGCGAGUUAAGCUGCUCCUGGACUCUCAGGCGAGAGGAAGGGUGGUAGUUCUGAUGGGCUCCACCUCAGACGUGGCUCACUGUGAGAAGAUCCGUAAAGCCUGUGCUUCAUACGGCAUUCCCUGCCACCUCAGAGUCAGCUCUGCACAUAAAGGCCCUGAUGAGACACUCCGCAUUAAAGCUGAAUAUGAGGGUGAUGGAGAGCCUACUAUCUUUGUUGCAGUGGCAGGCAGAAGUAACGGCUUGGGCCCUGUGAUGUCAGGAAACACUGCUUAUCCAGUUAUUAACUGUCCUCCUAUAACCCCUGACUGGGGCGCUCAGGACAUCUGGUCAUCUCUUCGCAUGCCUAGUGGUCUGGGCUGCUCCACUGUUCUUUCCCCUGAAGCUGCUGCUCAGUUUGCGGCGCAGAUCCUGGGUCUAAACAACCAUUUGGUUUGGGCCAAACUUCGGGCAUCCAUGCUGAACACUUGGGUUUCCCUGAAACAGGCUGACAAAAAGAUGCAAGAAUGCAGCCUUUAAUAGACCAUCGCUUUUUGCAUUUCCACCUGAUAUUUUGUGCACACAACAGUCAUUGCCUUUGACAAGCCUGUGUGAAAUGCUGACCUAGAGUUUAUUUGCAAUAACAACAUUUCAAGUGUACAUUUUAUAUCAAUAAAACAUUCCUCAUUUA